AUGCCUACACUUGACAAUGAAUGUAGUCUCACUUACGUUGCUAGGAGUCAAACAGUUUCAACAACCAGACGGGACAAUUGGGAGUGUACUGUAAGGAUAGUACAAGCAGCGGUAGGUACAAAUAUUGUUUGUAAGGAUAGACCCUGGAAUAGCUCGCGACGCGGUGACCGGGGUGACCCGGAGCUAGUGGCGAAGGACGCGGGGUGGAGGAGGCGCCGGGUGUCCGAAACCUUAGCAAGAGAUAAGAAUGCAGGACGCGGCAGCUGCGCGUGCGCAGAGCGCGGAAUGCGCACCUGGCACCUGCCGCCAGCCGACGGCCCCGGGGCCGGCGAACUGCACUCGACACUCUUCUAUACCUUAUACUUAGGCCAUCACUAA